GCAUGAGCGCGAGGGAAAGAGUUGUAAACGCGAAGCGCGUGCUGGAAAAGCCGAGGCGUAGGGCUGAGAGCGGCGCGAGCAUCGGAGAUCAGCAGAGGCAUCACUCGUCACAACAUUCAGCCUCUCAUCCGCCCUCUCUCCAUUUUGUCUCGAUUUUCCGUUUUUAUCGUUGAAGUCUGAAUUGUGGUGAGCGAUAGGAGUCGGGCUCACUAGCGAGGCUUUUGUUAGCCCGUGUUGGGGGCAGUUACUGUUGCCAGUCGGUGGGGGGCCGCAUUAUCAUCUUUCGGUCAUUUGGGAGGCAAAACAGCAGCCUCUCACCGCGUGUUAGUUAAAAAUCGAUUUGAGGUGUCUUUAGUCGUAUUCUAGCGGGAUACUUGAUCUGAUUUGGCUGGAAUAACGGCGUUUUUUUAAAUAACGGUGUAAAAUUGCUGCAGCUCUUUGUGUGGCUUCAGCUUCGUGUCCCCGUUGCAGUUACCCGAAGUUCCGCACUCCGACCUCCAAAACAUGUGCUCCCGGGUGUGGUUUAUCACAGACCGGCGGAUCAGCCAGGAGUACCCGCAGGUCCAGAUCCUGCGAGCGCUGAAGGAGCGCUGCGUCGAGGAUGAUGUUGAAUUCCGCUAUCUGCUAAUGGAUGAGAUCGUCCUGACCAUAACGGAUGGGCAGCUCGGUCUACGGGUCGGGCAAGAGACUGUGACCUCAUACCCGCAGGUUGCCGUGGUGCGCGUUCCGACCCCGUGGGUCCAAUCGGACAGUGACAUCACUGUCCUGCGUCACCUGGAGAAGUUGGGCUGCCGUCUGAUCAACCGUCCACAGGCCAUCCUUAACUGUGUCAAUAAGUUCUGGACCUUCCAGGAGCUUGCCGGGCAUGGUGUCCCUCUGCCUGACACGUACUCCUACGGGGGACAUGACAACUUCCGCAAGAUGAUCGAUGAAGCGGAGCCUCUAGGUUACCCUGUGGUGGUGAAGAAUGCUCGUGGACACAGAGGUAAAGCUGUGUUCUUGGCCCGGGAUAAGCACCACCUCUCAGACCUGUGUCACCUGAUUCGCCAUGACGCCCCAUACCUGUUUCAGGAGUAUGUGAAGGAGAGUCAUGGGCGGGACGUGCGAGUGGUUCUGGUUGGCGGUAGAUUGAUUGGAUCCAUGCUGCGCUGCUCCACUGAUGGACGCAUGCAGAGCAACUGCUCACUGGGUGGGGUGGGAAUGAUGUGCCCUCUUAGUGAGCAGGGCAAGCAGCUGGCUGUGCAGGUGUGCAACAUUUUGGGAAUGGACGUGUGUGGGAUCGACCUGCUGCAGCUGAAUGACGGCUCCUUCGUGGUGUGCGAGGCUAACGCCAACGUGGGCUUCAUUGCUUUUGACCAGGCAUGUGGCAUGGAUGUGGCGGGCAUCGUGGCCGACUACGCCCUCUCCCUGCUGCCAAGCCGCCUUAGCAGGAAGAUGUCGCUGCUUUCUGUGGUUUCCAGCACCAGUGAAACAAGCAGUGAGACCGAGGUGAUCAUCCCCACAGAGGUGUGUAUCCCCAAUGAGAUCUGCCCACCUGGUGCUACCUGUGCCAUGCCCGACGGCGUCUCCAACAUGAGCACAAGCUCCACCUCCAGCGAGAGUGAGGUGGAUCUAAACGAAACGGGCCCUGCCCCUGUUGCCGAGGAUCCCGCCUACAAUAUCAACUCCCUACUCGCGAGUGAGAUCAAACUGUUGACUGAGUGAGCUGGAAUCACAGCCACAAAUACACAUACACACACACACAUGCAUACACAUACAUUGAAGAGCGAUACACAUACUGAAGUGGACAUGAUAUAUACAGAUGCACACAUGUAAUCAUACUAACCCUCCCUGUAAACCCCUGUCUGAGGCUGCUCCCCUGAUGUUUCUUCUCCAUUGACAGACUAUAGAAUUAUUCAAAUGUACAGUGGAGUUUGGAAGUGCACUAGAUCGUGUACGCUCCAGCCAGGCUGUAGUGCACCAGCUCAAUAUGCGUUUGCCACUGUAAUUUGAGGGUGCAUGCACUGUAGAGUGGUUUUAUCUGGACUAGAUUCCCAAAUGUAAUCUUUCAGCUACCAUCAAACUGGAUUCUGAUGUACAUACACAAACUCAAGGUCAAAGACAUAUUACAAUCUGUAUUAUAAAGAGAGCAUGAAUGAAUUUCGUCUGUUACAAACCCUUUGGUAGUAAAGGGUGGCUAAAGGUAGAAUGCAUUGUGUGCAUGGGGGAGACGGAUAGAGCAACAGAGUGGACCUAAAUUCAGCUGCCAUCGGAGAACACACAAACACCUAAAGGGACAGCAAAAUUAAAAACUGGAAAGUUUAGUUAGAUGCCCCUUCAAUCUCUUUAAAGCAUGAGUGAGUAUGACUUAUCUUAGGCUGUUGCAAUGACUACCUGUAGUUAAUUUACUGCUGUUUAGACAAGCAUAGAAAUUGUAUUUGCUCUGCCAGUGUCAAUUAGAAUUGAGUGACUCAAACAUUUACAUUCCUAAAUGUGUAAGGGAGGAUUUGGCACACAUGAACUGGCCCUUAAUCAAUUCUCAUGGGCAUCUUCUACCUGGUAAUUCUGUAAAUUAGGUGACCAUAUUAGGAAUCCUUGUUGUCCACCAUUUUGAACUAGUUGAAACAUGUUCACAGAUUGAUGCUACGGAAGACAAUGUGUGCUAUCCUGAAUAGGAAAAAUAUUCUUUAAAACGAGUGUCAUUUUCCAAAGUCAAGCAUUCAAAUCUGCAAUUGACCACACGCCAAUCUGCAUAUGUCUGCCGCCCCAAAGGCAAAUCAUUAUCUCCCACAUAAAAGAGUCCUAGCAGUGAGUUGCAUAGAGCUAGAGAAAGUUGAAUUUUAAAUGCUAAUAUUUUUACCACGAGGGCUGAACAUUUUGCCAACACUAAACGCUGAUGAUGAAUAAGCUAUUUGUCUUCAACGAUUGUUUGUAUAAAAAUCUUGCAACAAUAAAACUGAAGUGUCAAUUCAAAAGGGUGCUAGAACUUCUCUUAAUGCAGCCCAGUGGUUUAAAGAAGUAUAGGUCUCUGCGAAACAACAAAGGGUGUUUCCCAAUCUGUGGGUGUUUUUAAACUGGGAUGGGAAUUUCUCAAUUAUCCAGUGAAAGUAGGGAAUUGCAAGUAGGCAAAUUGAGUAAUGUGGUUGAAAAAUGCCCAUCCCGUUUUGAAAACGCCCACUGAUUGGGAAACACCCAUUUGUGUUCAGCAGAGACCCAUGUCUUUGUUUAAAAGCCAAUGAUAACCAGAAAGGAAAACAGGAGUUGUAUUGAUUGAAGUGAAUCUCCAUUUAUUUGUUGUAGUCAAAGAUACAUUAGUACACACAACAUUUCUCAAGUCUAAUUCUUCUCUUUAACUUUAAGCAAAUCUGGAAGUUUUUACUGAAAUCUAAGAAUCCAGAUCAAAUUUGAACCAAACUCCAUUCACAUUGAGUCUUAAGGUUUAAGACAGACUGCACAUAACAAUAAAUGUCAAAUUCACCAUGGACCAAACUCACUAUCCAAACCAACUCAGAAUGGUUUUCAAUGUUAGAAGUCACACAGUUUAAAUAAAUUUAAAUGCGGUUUACACUUGAUUCAGAAUUUGAGUGAAUUUAAGAGUAGUUAAAAUUGAGAUGAUCUACUUUUUACAGUAAGACUAGGUUUUAAAUUGGUGUUAACUCAGGGAAGCAGCCUUGAUCAAAUUCCUCUCCUUUGGAACAUGUUACAUAUUUAUGCUAGACAGUCCUGCCUAUGUGUAUCAAUAAACAAAAGGACAAAGAAUUAUAAAAUAUUAAGAAAUAGUUGCUGUGAGGCCAGAUGGUUACAGACACACUUUUCUUGUUUGUUUUAUAAUAUUUAGUGUUCUGUUGUCUUUCAUUUUCCUAAUUUAUAAUUUUUAUUUUUUUGAAAAAAGGAAAAAACUGGUUUGUAUGCGAUGAUCUUGCUUGGGAAAGACAAGAGUGAUGAAGGGUUUUAGUGCUAGUUUAUCAGAAAGACAUUUACCACCUGAAACACGCACACUCUUCUCACCGCCCCCUCUCAAGCGUUGUGAUUUGCUGUCUUGUGUGUAGUGUGUUCCAUCAUUUCAUGCAUCCAGAGACAUGCUCCCUCCACCUGAUCCCACACAAGAACAAGAGUCCCUGUAAAUUCCGACACUUUUCAGUGUUUGAUAUAACACGCCGUAUGGUUGUCGAACCCUUACACACUCUGCCUCCACUUCCAGUACAACACAACAGGAAGUUUCUUCUCCCCUGUUUUCACUUUCAAACCGGUGUCACGCCGAAUCAAAAUACUUUGUUCAAAAUGAAUUCAGAAUGGAGAGAGAAAUCUUAUGACAACAGAUGUCCAGGCUGCCUGUGUGAAACACCCACAGCGGCUUUUAGAACUGCCACAGUGGAAAACAAAGCCCUCAUCUAAAUGAAGUACUGAUCAUUCUGAUUGAUAAGGUACCAAUAUACUCCAUGAUUUGUGUGAAUUAGGAGUUUUAUUCAUCAGCGAUUAACAGUGUCUAAAAAGGAAAAACAAAAACAACCAUUGCUGCUAAUUAACACAUAGCUCUCUGGUAUGGAAAAGGGAAAUGUUUUGAGACUCCAUGUGUUCAUUUCAUUGCCUCUUUUUUUUUUUUUUUUUUUUAGUGGGAACCUAAAUGCCAAAAAACAAGCAAUGUUGUAUAAUUUAAAACAAGAAAUUACUAGUGAUAGAACGCUAACAUUGAUGUUAUGACGUAAUAACAGUAACAAUAAAGACAUUUAAAAAAUUUCCAGAACCUGAAAAUGUGUC